AUGGAGGAGUUGAAACGGCAUCUUGACCGAAUGAAGUUCCACAUAGGAAAACUUGAGGUUUGCAUGCGAAUGGUAAACAAUGAGUCUCUGGAGUCUAAGCGUGUCAUGGAAGUGCUGAAAGAUCCGUUGGAAAUGUAUAUCGAAGCGCUCGAUCCAGAUUACGAAGGAGAUGCGGACGAGUUGGAUAAUCUUGAUCCGGAAGAUGCCUAUGAAGAGUUGGAUUUGGUUGCGCUGAGUGCCCAAAUUGGAGGGAUACAAAUCGGUCCGCUUGAUGAAGAGAAGGAGAACGGUCAUGACAAUGGGUCAACUCAUGAUAGUUCUGGUGGCGAUGAUGGCGUUUCCCGAAGUGGUGGUUCGCGACAUGGCAGUCAAGACACACCUGCUAGUCCUGCCCCACGUAGGACCGUGGCCGCAGCUUCUGUCCCAGUCACACCCGCAAAGUUAGCGAAAGAUGGAUCGGUGGACACUGGACAAUUAAACUCAUUGAGUGGUGUUAAUCAAGCUACGCCUCCUCCACCGCCUCCUGGCAUUCCGUAUAAUAGUGUAGCCGCAGGACGUAUAGCUGCUUCAUCUUCAGCCACAAACGCUAGCAUUUCAACUAUUUCACCGACUGCCAAUGCCAAUGUAGCCAGUACAAAGACGACCGUUAUCGCCACAAGACCCGGUGCAAAUAGUACUGGUGGCGUCCAGUUAGUUCAGCUAGUCACGUCCACAUCUACGCAGCAGAAUUCAACAAGCGUCCAGGAUGAUGAUGCCAGCUCUACUAUUUCAAGUCAGAACGAGGGUGGUGCCAUAUCUUCGGCCGAGGCUACGCUGAACAUCCAAGAUGAUUCCAUUGCAUCGACAACAUCGACUUCCACAACCGCGAAUGGCACAUCGUCAGAGAAUCCAUCGCUGAGCACUCCAACUGCGACAGCCGCACAGCAUUUCGCAUUCACCAACGAACUGUACGCGGCCAAUGAGGUACGCCUGUACUAUGGAUGA